AUGCAGCAGCCAGAAACCCAGCAGACAACUCAGCAAACAACGACAGAAAUACUGGAUCCUGCAGUUCAAUACCUGCGGCGGAGGAAAACAGCUCUAUGGGUGACGGUGGCCCUGCUGGCUCUGGCUCUGGUGGUGCUGGCUGUGGGUCUGGUCUCUGCAACUCGCACUGACAACGUUCCCGUCGCUGGAUAUUACCCAGGCAUCACUCUGAGUUUUGGAGCAUUUCUGGGUAUUGUUGGCAUUCACCUGGUGGAGAACCGCAGACCCAUGCUCAUGGCAGCCAUCAUCUUUGUCAGCAUCGGAGUCAUUGCAUCUUUCUUCUGUGCCAUCGUGGACGGGAUCAUUGCUUCAGAGUUCAUUGAUACAAGGCCCCUGCAGGAGGACAUGUGUGACUUUUAUGCCAGUGGAUCGGGCUACGCUUAUGACAGCUACUACACUGAGGUGAGUCUCAAACACACAAUCCUCGGAGCAUACAAGGACAUGCAGAAGCCGACUCCUCAGAUGGCUCCCAGCCCGGCACCGCCACCUCACAUUUUGUACAACCCGACGCAGCACAUGCUCACCUACGCUGGCUUCUGUCCUUCAGGACAAACUCUGCCUGCCUACCCCAACUACCCAAUAGCCAUGCAGCAUAACAGCAACUACCAGACACCUGCUACACCUCAGAUGAUCCCUGACGGAGGCCCUGGCUCCACCUCCUGUCCCUCUGAGGAGAACCAGAACCAGCAGCCCUGUCAGACUCCCAACCAACUGCAGCCUCAGGGAGGCACCCAGGAACCGGGAGGCUACAUGCUGACACCCAACGCUCCUGUGCUCUUUGGGUCCUCCUACAGUCCUUUUGAGAAACCUCCACCAUAUGCCUGCUGA